CCAGCAAUUAAAAGUAUGAAGAAAGCGGCAGUGGAAACAAAUUUGGCAUCGAAGGACAGUCACUGGGUCUUUGUAAAUGAGGAAAUCAGUGAUUCAGAGAUUCUGGAGCUGGUACACAGCGCGCUAGGACGGAUGACAGUUGUACGACAAAUCUUCCCCACCUCCAAGGACCCUCACCGCAGGUGUAUGAGGAACAACCAUCGCAUUUCCUCACUGCUGUGUGAUCCACAGGAAGGCUAUCUGCAAACGCUACAGACAUCCAACCUUUAUCUUUAUGACAGUGUCUUGUUACUGGCUGGAGCGUUCCACAGGAAGCUGGAGGAUCGGAAGUGGCACAGCAUGGCAAGCCUGAACUGCAUGAGGAAAUCGACCAAACCCUGGAACGGAGGGAAGUCGAUGCUGGACACCAUUCAAAAUGGUCAAAUUGUAGGGCUGACUGGACCCAUGGGAUUUGCAGAUGGUACAUCAAACUCCAAUGUUCAUUUUGAGAUCCUUGGCACCAGUUAUAGCGAAACCUUUGGAAAAGAUAUUCGAAGGUUGGCUGUCUGGGAUCCAGUGAAGGGCCUCAAUGGGAGUCUACAGGAGAGGCGUUUGGAAAGUGACAUGCAAGGAGUCACUUUGAAAGUGGUCACUAUUCUGGAGGAGCCCUUUGUAAUGGUGGCUGAGAACAUCUUGGGACAACCAAAACGCUACAAGGGAUUUUCCAUCGAUGUCCUCGAUGCACUGGCAAAGAAUCUUGGAUUUAAAUAUGAGAUCUAUCAAGCUGUGGACCAUAAAUAUGGCAGUCAGCUGCCCAAUGGAUCAUGGAAUGGAAUGAUUGGGGAACUCAUCAACAAGAAAGCAGACAUUGCAGUCUCAGCAAUUACCAUCACUCCAGAGAGAGAGAGUGUUGUGGAUUUCAGCAAACGCUACAUGGACUAUUCCGUUGGAAUCCUGUUGAAAAAGCCGGAGGAAAAGAUUAACAUUUUCUCAAUCUUUGCUCCCUUUGACCUGGCGGUCUGGGCCUGCAUUGCUGCUGCGAUCCCUCUGGUCGGGGUCCUGAUCUUUGUGCUCAAUCGGGUGCAGUUAGUCCGAACUCAGACACCAACACAUCCUCAGAGCCCCCCUUCCACCUCCAACACUCUUCACAGUGCCAUCUGGCUGGUAUAUGGUGCAUUCGUUCAACAAGGUGGGGAUUCACCCAUGAACUCGGUUGCUAUGCGGAUUGUAAUGGGAAGCUGGUGGCUUUUCACAUUGAUCGUAUGUUCCUCGUACACAGCUAACCUAGCUGCGUUCCUGACUGUGUCCCGAAUGGAUAACUCCAUCCACUCCUUUCAAGAUCUGGCCAAGCAGUCUGACUUAUCAUACGGCACAGUGAGAGACUCAUCUGUCUACGAGUACUUCCAGGCAAAGGGGACCAACCCUCUGGAGCAGGACAGCACGUACGCUGAACUUUGGAGAACAAUCAGUAAAAACAAUGGGGCAGACAACUGUGUGUCAGCAACUAAUGAAGGCAUCAGGAAGAUAAAGACAGGAACAUACGCUUUCCUGUGGGAUAUGGCUGUGGUGGAAUAUACAGCAUUGACAGACGAUGACUGUUCCCUGACAGUGGUUGGGAAUAGUAUUAGCAGUAAAGGGUAUGGGAUUGCAUUGCAACAUGGCAGUCCUUAUAGAGACCUCUUCUCCCAGAGGAUCCUUGAAAUGCAAGACAGUGGUGACCUGGAUGUCUUCAAGCAGAAAUGGUGGCCAAAGAUGGGACGAUGUAACCUGAAGGGUAACACAAAUGGCCAGCCCGAUGGGCGAGCAUUGAAACUCCAGAGCUUUGCUGGAGUUUUCUGUAUCCUAGCUGCCGGCCUGCUGCUCGCCUGUUUGGUGGCAGCUCUGGAGAUUUGGUGGAACAGCAACCGAUGCCAGCAAGAAUCACCCAAGGAGGACAAGGAGGUGAAUCUGGAGCAGGUUCACCGUCGGAUGAACAGCCUGAUGGACGACGAUAUGGCCCAUAAGCAGAUCUCUGCAGCAUCAAUUGAAAUCUCGGCACUGGACAUUGGCAGCAUGCAGACCAGCCAGAGUUUAGAGCCAGCACGGGAUUACCAGAAUACCCAGAUCUCAGUCAGCACUUUUUUACCAGAACAAACUCAUGCCACAAGUAGGAAGCUCUCUUCCUUAGCCAGCACCAACCUGUCUCUGCCUCUCAGCAGCUCUGCCACACUGCCCUCGAUACAAUGCAAACAUCGAUCACCAAAUGGAGGACUCUUCCGCCAAAGCCCACUGAAAACCCCCAUCCCCAUGUCAUUCCAGGCUGCUCCAAGCCCUGGGGUGCUCCCUGAAUCCAUGGAGCCUUCUCAUGGAACCUCCAUUUAAUUUCAAACGCCGCAUGGCAACAUUUUUAAUAUAAAAAAUUUACAAAAAAAAUCUAGCAUUUUCAUGUAAAUACUUGUAAAUAACUCAAGAAUGAAGUGGGGUAAAGUGUAUUUUGAAUAUUCUCAAUUUUUGAAGUCAGUAGAUGAUGUAAUGAUUGGCUUUGUAAAUUCUGUUCUAUACAAAUAAAAAGCAAAUCACUUGUGAUCGUUA